AUGGGAAAACACAACAGCAAGCUGUCACCGGAGGUCCUGGACGACCUGACGAAGAGUACGGAGUUCAAUGAGGCUGAGCUGAAACAGUGGUAUAAAGGCUUUUUAAAGGACUGCCCUUCUGGGAUCCUCAACCUGGAGGAGUUCCAGCAGCUUUAUGUGAAGUUCUUUCCCUAUGGCGAUGCCUCCAAAUUUGCUCAGCACGCCUUCCGCACGUUCGACAAGAACGGCGACGGAACCAUCGACUUCCGAGAGUUCAUCUGUGCCCUGUCCAUCACGUCCAGAGGAAGCUUUGAGCAGAAACUCAACUGGGCCUUUAACAUGUAUGACCUGGAUGGAGAUGGCAAGAUCACACGAAUGGAAAUGCUGGAGAUCAUAGAAGCCAUCUACAAGAUGGUCGGCACGGUGAUCAUGAUGCGUAUGAACGAGGACGGCCUGACCCCUCAGCAGCGAGUGGACAAGAUCUUCAGCAAGAUGGACAAAGACCACAACGACGAGAUCACACUGGAGGAAUUCAAAGAAGCGGCCAAAAGCGACCCCUCUAUCGUCCUUCUGCUGCAGUGCGACAUGCAGAAGUAA